CCUCUAAUAAUACUUUAAUAUUUCUGUCUACACGAUUUAUUGUGUUGAUUGUAAUUUGGCAGUUCUUGUUCUUCAUUAAUUUUAUAAUUAAUUUGUAGUUUCUUUCUAGUUUUGUAAUUUCAGCUUGAUUAAAAAAUGUCGAGUGACAACGGGUUUAACAAUGACGAUUCUCCUAAUAAAACUUUUACACAUCUCCAGCUUCCCAGCCCCAUAAUAACAAGAAGAAACCGAACCGCUUCAACGUCCGAAAGAGCACUUCAAAAUCCUAUCGAAUACGGAAAGAUAAAAUCUUUCUGUCGCGAAAAAGGUCACGGGUUUAUAAAACCUUUAAAAGGGGGUGAAGAUCUUUUUCUACAUAUUUCAGAUAUUGAAGGAGAAUAUGUACCAUUACCAGGGGAUGAAGUAUCUUACCGACUCUGCCCGAUUCCACCAAAGUUUGAAAAGUAUCAAGCCGUUCACGUCAAGAUUGUGCAACUUGUUCGAGAAAGGCAUUCAAAGUGGCAUGAACCUUCACUGUAAUGCAGUAUUAGUGUAAUGAUACAAAACUCUCACUUACUCUUCAAUAUCUUUUGCGUCCUUUCUAUUCUUCUAUUCAUGUUUCUAAGUAAGACACCUAGUCUUCUUUCAUGUUUCAAUUAGCAUAAAUUUUGUCCAAUGAUCAAAUGGAAUUCAAAAUAUAAUAUAAUCAGUAUUUCAAAAGUGAGAUGUUUUAUAUGUGGUGCUAAAUUUUUGAAGGAUUUACCAUCUUGUAAGUUUUUGAUAAACCAAUAUUAAUUGCUUUAAUUAUUGGUAAAAGCAUCUUGCACAAAUGUAACAUUAACAUAUUUACGUUCAUUAAAAGGCCUAAGUAUUGCAAGAUUAUAAUUUGCAAAUAAUCUUACUAUUCGAUUUUGUGCACAUAUAAUCUUAACUUAAAUAUAACCCAUCUUGUAAAUUUUUGAUAAACCAAUAUUAGUUCCUUUAAUUAUGGGUAAAAACAUCUUGCACAAAUAUAACAUUAAAAGUAUUGCAUGAUUAUAACUUGCAAAUAAACUUACUAUUAGAUUUUGUGCACAAAUAAUUUUAACUUAAAUAUAACUUGAAUGAUUGUGACUUAACUAUCUGUAUAAGUUUCAUUAUUAUUUCUUGCUUUUAUUAUUAGAUUUUAUAUUUAAUGUACAUUAUACAAUGAUAUUGAAUCGAAAAUGUUUUCAUGUUUAUUGUUUUAAUUGUAUGUAAUAUCAUACACGCCAGUGUAGUUAGCAUUAUGUCAAGCUUGUUGUGUUUAUUUUAUGAUAGCUAUUGUACAACAAAUAUAUUGUAUGGUAAAAAAUUUAA